CAUCUCGAUGUUCGAUCUGUCCUAAAAACUGUGGAAGUUAAUGGUUGAAAUGGAAUUGAUAUACAACUUUGAAAUUUUUGUAUGUGUGAUGAAAACCAUUAUUUGUAGACUGACACUACAUCAAACAGAAUGUUGAUUGUAAACGUACAGUCCAGACCGUUUCAAUGACCCGAUUUUGAGUACUGAAAUAAGGAAACAGACGUGACGGAAGUGCGAUAUUUUCCGGAAAUCGAACAGUGAGGCAGGCGCUUAGGACGGCAAGACAAAGCGUUAGUUUAUGAGUAUGAUGGUGAGACUUGGGUUUAAAGUCUUAAAGUGAAUAGCAUCUCGGAAAAGUAUAGGACGCGAGAUUUUGUAGGAAAGGACUGGCUAUCAAAAAUGCCGUGACAUACUGUAUUGAUUACGCCUUCUUGUUACCGCAAACAAAACUGAUGAAGAUAACGCAAAAGUAAUAGUAGUGCACAUGAGACCUGACAGAUUGAAUAGUAUGAAAAUUUGCCCCGGAUGAAUUUUAUCGUCUGGUUUUGAAGAACAGUGUUUGUGUUGAAAUGCGUUCAUUUGCCUCAAUGUUAGUUGACACAUCAAGUGAAAGCUAAUAUUAUUUAUUCUUUGAGAGGUGCAGUGAUUUUUUUAUGGGGUUAUGCUUCUCUUGCAGAAAGUCGAGACUAGAAAGUUUAAAAUCCGAACAGUUUUCCGCUUCUGCAACUCCACUCCAUGUUUGCGUGGAAGAGCAAAAGGGACCAGAAAUUGGUUCAUCUUCUAAAGAGAUCUGUCAGUACACAAAAAUGGCAAACACAAUCUCCAACAUAAAAAUGACUAAUCCUGUAAGGAUCCUUGUGAGUAAAAGGAGAAAACGAUAUACGCAGGAUGGAUUUAAUUUGGAUUUGACAUACAUUAAGAGCAAUCUCAUAGCAAUGGGGUUUCCAGCUCAGAAGCUUGAAGGUGUGUACCGCAACCACAUUGAUGACGUUGUGAAAUUUCUGGAGUCCAAACACAAAGACCACUACAAGAUCUACAAUCUGUGUUCUGAACGAUCAUAUGAUGUGAGCAAAUUCCAACAGAGAGUGUCUGUUUACCCUUUUGAUGAUCACAACCCUCCCAAAAUGGAGCUGAUUGGUCCAUUCUGUGCUGAUGUUCAUGAGUGGCUAUCCCAGGAUCCCAGAAAUGUUGCUGCUGUCCACUGCAAAGCUGGAAAGGGCCGAACAGGUGUUAUGGUUUGCUGCUAUUUGUUGCACAGCAAGCUGUACUCGACAGCAAAUGAAGCACUCAGUUACUAUGCUGGAAUGAGGACGCAUGAUAAAAAGGGUGUUACAAUACCUAGCCAACGCCGGUACGUUGGAUAUUAUGCAACAUUAGUACAAGAAGAAUUAAAGUAUCAUCCUGUUGUGCUCCUCCUUAAGGAGCUUCGUAUAGAACCCUUGCCAAACCUAAAUGGAGGACAAUGUAGUCUCCAGGUAGUGAUCUCAGAUUCAAACAAAUUGAUAUUUACGUCACCUGUGUAUGAAGUCAAGAAAGGUAGUCCAUCUUUCUGCAUACCUUUAGACCAGAGUGUUCGGCUGGAAGGGGACAUAAAAGUGCAGUUUUUUAACAAACCAAAAAUGAAACGAAAGGAGAAGAUGUUUCAUUUUUGGUUCAAUACCUUUUUUGUUCGUGAGGAGAUUCAAGUACCUGAUACCCCUGCCAAUGGGAAUGAGGAUGGGGAUGUAAUCCCACCUCCUGAUAGGUCUAGUAGAGCAAUGAGUUGUGAUGGACAGUCUCACGUAUCGCAACUUCCACUCAGGCAUUCAAGAACAGUGUCACUUGUUUCUUUGGAGCCUGACAUGAAAAUGUUGGUGUUGAGGCUGAACAAAUGGGCAAUCGAUGAGGCUCAUAAAGAUAAACAAAACAAGUUGUACAGUCCAGAUUUUGAGGUGACACUUUACAUGCGCCGUGUACCAAGUGACCUGUCAGCCAGUAAACUUUGGCAGCAUACAGACAUGCAGCAACGAACGCAUUUCCAGGACACCCCUAGUGAGUCCUCUGAGGCUGAAUCCAGUGACUCAGACUCAGCAGAAGAUGAAGACUGGGAAUCUGGUGCUGGUGUUGGCCGCGAUGGUGGUGGUCGUGGCUCUGACGACGCCUGCGACCUGCCAGCGGUCUGGCGCCAAUCCAGGACGAGUGCGGUGCCCGGUGUGCAGGCCAGUGGACCGGCGCCAGUGCGCCUCGCUCGGGGGCGUUGUCGUCGUGCCUGGAGGGCUCUGCGGCAAGUGCCCCGUCUGCAGGCUCGUCGGCUAACCACGUGGCACGCCUUCACUGGCGCUAGAGUCAACAUUCUCUUCUUCAAGCACAACACAGCGAACCUGAGAUGAAACGGUCCCGCACAGGGUGGUCUAAGGAGCACGAAAGAGAAGAACAGUGACAUCUCAUUUACAAAGAAAAUGUUGCCCAGACUGAAUGAUUGUAGUAAAAACAUUAAUAAACCUGUUUUGCGCAACUCUA